ACAAAACAGUUGGCCUACGCUCCGAAUGUCAACUCCGUGAGACACAAACAAGCACACCCGGAAAAACCCAAAUCCAAAGUAGCUGCAAAAAACAAUCUGAACAAACUAAGCUACACAACAUGUUGACCACGAAGUGCCGACUACUUAAUUGCUCGACGAAACAAGUCCGUGGACUGGCAGCUUUAAAGGUGGCCAUCGCCAUCCCGGAAGAAAAACCAAUUAAGCCCAAAUCCGAAGUUCAGCGAACCCCGUAUCCAUCUACCAUGAAAGUCGCCCCCUUCAUAGACCCGAAGUGCAUUCAAAAUAAGAAAUACUCAUCAGAUUCGAGUGUUCAGCCGGGACGGAAGGGGUUCACCUUUGACUAUCAUGCUUUUUCGAUGUACGACCUAAUGGAGGCCGCCCUCGAGGCGAAAGAGGAAUCCGCCAAAUACGCCAAAAAUCGCAUUGAGAUGGAAAGGAAGAUGCUUUUGAAAAUGCCCUUUCCCCCACAGUUUUAAAUUGUCUACUGUGAUAAUUAAUUUGUUAUAGUCAUUAAAUUAUUGAAAAA